AUCACUGUGGAUCUGAUGUGUGGUUAAAGUGACUUGCGUUCCUCACUCGUCCAGUCUGGAGAAGUGCCAUCCCAUGUCUGGACCUGACCAGGCCUGGCUUGGAGGUCAAUCACCUCAUCCUUGUCAGUAACCAUACGUUGAACUCCCACAUUGUAUGAGAGACGCCAAGAGAGGCAGGCUCCCUUUGGAUUGUGGUUUCCAAGGAAGGAGCAGUCAUGCUGGGCUCUAAUGGCCUGAAGGCAGCUGGACUAGGCGAGCAGGGAGGAAGGAGAUGAGCACCAGGAGACCCGAGAUACAGGAGGGUGUCUCUUGUACCCAAUGUUCCUCUUCCGUGAAACAGAGAGAAGAGUAGGACCUGCUCUGUUGGGCUGUUGUGCACAUCAAGUGGGAUGAUACUGAUGGGACACCAGCACAGGCCUGGCACACAGUUGAGCAGGCACUCAACAAACAACGAGUUCCCUUCCCUCAUGUUCUCCCUCCGUGGUAGUGAUCUGAGGGAGUCCUCCUUUUAUGCUUUUCACUUCAGAUUGGACAACAUCAUCUUUGCAUUUUUUAUGCCUCUGUAUGUGUAAAGCCUUUGCUGCACUAGGAGAAGAAAUCUUUCUGGAAGCACUGAACCUUCUCUAGGAAUUUACCCACCUAUAUUUUGACCUUCUGUAAUUAACAUUCUCAUUUUGAUAGAAUCUGAACCAAACAUUUUACCUUCCUAACUACCUUGGCCUCAUAAUAUCUGAGUAAAAGGAAACUCAUGGAUACUCUCCUGCAAUUUUCUUUCAGAGGCAAACUUCUCCUCAGACUUGUAUCUCAGAGAUGUUAUGUAAUGCUCUCUAAAUAAGGCAUUUCUUGCGAAUGGCCAUUUGUACUGGCAGCUUUAGGAGUGUUUUAGUUCCUUACCCCGCAUAACCAACUCCUCCAACAACUUGUUUCCUUAGGAUUUUAUGUAUCUUAUCAAGUUUACAAGAGAAGGAAGAGGAGGAGGUGAAUUUCUCUAUGGCAGCCAGGCGGGCAUUUGUGCUCUCCCACCCCAAGGUGACACGGGACUCCUGCCAGUGGCAGGGAUGGGAUUCCAGUUCGACAGUGAGAGCCAAGCGUUUAUUUGGUUGCACAUAGUCACUUGACUGGGGUCUCCUGACUGCGGCUCUGCUCAGUGGAAGCUCUUUAUCAGUCCCAGAGUCCUGGCCCGGGGUCGUGCAGUCCAAGGGGCUGGAUGGCAUGCUGGACCCAAGCUCAGCUCAGCGUCUGGGCCCAAUAACAGCUUUUCCGAGGGAGCAGCUUUCUGUCCUGGCCACACCGAGGUGCACAGCGUAAUGUCCAUGUUGUUCUACACUCUGAUCACAGCUCUUUGGAUCGGUGUCCAGGCAGAAGCGCACACCCAGAGCAAUGUCCCAGCAGGACACGCCAUCCCCCAAGCCCACUGGACUAACCUUCAGCACUCCCUUGACACAGCCCUCCGCAGAGCCCACAGCGGCCCGGCAGCCGCGAUAGCCGCCAGGGUGGCAGGGCAGACCCGCAAGAUCACCGUGGACCCCAAACUUUUUAAAAAGCGGCGCCUGCGUUCACCCCGCGUGCUGUUUAGCACCCAGCCCCCACCUGUGGCCGCAGACGCUCAGGAUCUGGACUUGGAGGCCAGCGGGGCCGCCCCCUUCAACAGGACUCACAGAAGCAAGCGGUCGUCGUCCCACCCUGUCUUCCACCGGGGGGAGUUCUCGGUGUGCGACAGCAUCAGCGUGUGGGUGGGGGACAAGGCCACCGCCACGGACAUCAAGGGCAAGGAGGUGAUGGUGUUGGGAGAGGUGAACAUCAACAACAGUGUAUUCAAACAGUACUUUUUUGAGACCAAGUGCCGGGACCCCAAUCCCGUCGACAGCGGAUGCCGGGGCAUCGACUCGAAGCACUGGAACUCAUAUUGUACCACGACCCACACCUUCGUCAAGGCGCUGACCAUGGAUGGCAAGCAGGCUGCCUGGAGGUUCAUCCGGAUCGACACGGCCUGCGUGUGUGUGCUCAGCAGGAAAGCUGGGAGGAGAGCCUGACCGGCCGACAGCCCUCAGCCUCUCCCAGCUCCCCCUCCACACUCUCCAGCGCCCCUCCCUACCUCAACCUGUAAAUUAUUUUAAAUUAUAAGGACUGCAUGGUAAUUUAUAGUUUAUACAGUUUUAAAGAACCAUUAUUUAUUAAAUUUUUGGAAGCA